AAAAAGCCGAGCGUGGAUUUUGGCCCUGCAAACGAGGUGUGGAGCAUAGUCUCUACCGCAUGGAUCAUUAAUACAUCUGCUUUUGCCUUUCAGCUCAAAAGAACCAGCACUGCGGCAUCGCUGGGGGCACAAACACGACCCUGUGGCCAGGCAGCCUAAAAACCACGACGCCGGUGGGCGCAAGCACGAAAAAAUGCCGUUGUCAACGCUAUCGACGCUGCCCUGGAGCUGGCCGGCAAUAUUCGCAGCGCUCGUGGUCGCUGCGCUCGCGGCGACCGCGCGCCGCAAAGACGACGACGGCAACAUCCCCUGGGCCACCGGCGCCAUACCGUUGCUGGGCCACGCGUUGGCCUACAAGCGCGACCCGGCGAGCUUCAUUACGGAGCAGCGCAAGCUUGUUGGAGAUGUGUUCAGAUUAAACCUCGCGGGCAAGCGUAUGAUCGUCAUCGCGGGCGGCGCUGAGAAUGUCAAAGCCGUCGCGUUCGCGUCUGAGCGGCGCUUCUCGGCGAGGGCCGCCGUAAGGGACGUCGGCUUCGGCGAGCUACUAGGGGAGCGCAACGUCGACGCCGGCACGGACUUCCACGCGCGCGUUUUGCGGCGGUGGCGACUCGACGACGCCGAGAUCGCGCACCUCGCGAAAGCGCUCGAGGCCGGUCUCGAUGCCGAGCUGACGGGCGGCAAAGAAGUGCCCGACUUGCUUGCGGCGAUCCGGGGCGCCGUGCUGCGUGCGGUUCUCGCGCGGCUGAUCGGCGGUGGCAUCCUCGAGCGCGGCGGCGCGGACCUCGUCGACGCCGUCGUGGAAUUUCAAGAUGGCGUCGAGGAGGCCACCGCCGCCGCGGCCGUGUUCCCCCGCUGGCUCGCGCUGCCGCUGAUACUCUGGCCGGCGGCGCGGCGGCGGCGGCACCUCGAAAAGCGCAUCGCGGCGGCUCUGGAGGGGGGCGACGGACCGCGCGGGCCCUGGGCGACGGCGUUUGGCGAGCGGGGUUUGCCCGCCGCCAUAGCCGCCGAAUUUUCUGUUGGACUGCUAUUCGCCGCCCAUAAGAAUCCAGCAAUUGCCUCGUUCCAGGCGUUGUUGUUCCUGCACGAGAGACGGCUCCCGGCGGCGCUCCACGCGUGCAUCAAUACCGUCGACUCGUUCCAGGAGGCUUUAGUUGUUGCCCGUGAUCCAUCAGCCUCUACCUUGCGCGAGGCGCAGCAGCUGUGUCGCGUCGCGCUCGAGGCGAUCCGCCUCACGGCGCACACUGUGGGCGCUGUUCGAUUGGCGACCGAGGACUGCGCGCUGCCGGGCAAUCGCGUCGUGAAGAAGGGCGAGACCGUGGCUCUCUCGCACAUCGCCUUCUCGCGCGACGAGGCGCUCUGGGGCCCCAACGCGGCGAAAUUUAGUACGGCGCGGGAGGCCUACGCUGGCCCGGUGGCCUUCGACGCGCGGGGCACCGCGGACGACAUCGCCUACAGCGCGUUUUCCCAAGGUACGCACAAGUGUCCCGGCGAGCGCGUGGCCUUGGUCAUCGUCCAGACGACGCUCGCCUUAUUGGUGGCGCGCGGCGUGCGGCCCGUGAAGGUGCCACCGCUCUGCUUCGAGCGGGCGACGCUCGCGCAGCGUGCCGCGCCGGUGCGGGCGAUUGUUGGUGUUGUUUAA